UCACGCCGAGCUAACCCCCUAGAACCGCCGAAGACCGAGCCACGGAGAACCCGCCUUUCUCCUCCUCGCUUGUGCUGCCGCUCGGGGUCGAAGGGAAGGGGAGUCUGCACCGCCCUGGGCUUUUAGGUCCGGGCUCUGUUUUUCCGUGUUUGCAGUGCGCCAUUGGACCUUGUCACGAUUCGAGACAAAAAGACUACAAAUGAAUGGAGACAUGGAGGUGGCUGCACCAGUGCAAGUUUGGGCGCAGGAUGACCUCUUGAAGUUGCUGGAGGCCAUGCAAGUGGCCCUUCCUGAGAAAGACAUGACGAAAUAUAAAACAUCAGAGUCCCACCUUGACUGGCAGAAGGUGGCCUUCAACACCUUCACAGCUGAGAUGUGUAGGCAGAAGUGGCUGGAAGUUUCUAAAGAGAUUCGUAAAUUCAGGACUCUGACAGAACUGAUUGUUGAUGCUCAAGACUACAUCAAGAACCCUUACAAGGGCAAGAAAUUAAAGAAACAUCCAGAUUUCCCCAAGAAGCCCUUGACUCCAUACUUCCGCUUCUUCAUGGAAAAGAGGGCCAAAUAUGCAAAGCUGCACCCUGAGAUGAGCAAUCUAGAUCUCACUAAAAUCCUCUCAAAGAAGUACAGAGAGUUACCUGAGAAGAAGAAGAAAAAAUACGUUGAGGACUUCUUAAGAGACAAAGAAUCGUUUGUCGGCAGUAUGAUGAAGUUCAGGGAAGAUCACCCAGACCUUAUGGAGAGCAUGGCCAAGAAAGGAUCAAAUGUUCCAGAGAAGGCCAAGACGCCUCAACAGCUGUGGUACAACCAUGAAAAGAAGGCCGUCCUCAAAACACGCCCAGAUGCGACCACCAAAGACAUUAAGGAGGGACUCGGCAAACAGUGGACUCAACUGUCCGACAAAAAAAGGCUGAAAUGGAUCGCAAAGUCUCUGGAGCAGCAGAAACUGUAUGAGCUUACAAUGCGGGAUUACAUCCAGAAGCACCCGGAGCUUAAUAUGGUUCAGGGGGAUUAUGUGAAGUCCACCCUGACAAAGGCUGAGAGGCACCUGAAGGACAAAUCUGACGGCCGACCCGACAAACCACCACCAAAUGGUUACUCGAUGUUCUGCGCUGAGUUGAUGUCAAGCAUGAAGGACGUACCCAGCACGGAGCGCAUGAUGAUGUGCAGCCAGCGGUGGAAGCUGCUCAAACAGAACGAGAAGGACGCUUAUCAGAAACGCUGUGAACAAAGAAAGAAAGAUUAUGAAAUUGACAUGAACAGAUUUCUCACUAGUUUGUCAGUGGAGGAGCAGCAGCGUGUCUUGGGCGAGGAUAAGUUUGGUUUAAGGAAGGGUAGCGCAGCCGGCAGUCCUGCCGCCAAAAAGAGAAAUGCGAAAGCAAAGGCCAGUCCAGAGAAACCCAAAAGGCCCAUUUCCGCCAUGUUCAUCUUCUCUGAGGAAAAACGGCCAAAGCUACAGCAAGAGCGACCAGACCUCUCUGACAGUGAACUCACAAGACUGCUGGCCCGCAUGUGGAAUGAACUGCCAGAUAAGAAGAAGGAAAAGUACAAACGUCUGGAGACGGUCCUAAAGGCAGAGUCAGAGAAGAAGGAGAAGGAAGAUCGUAGUCGUUUGCCAGACCCACCUAAGACUGCUCAGGACAUUUGGCAACAGAGUGUCAUAGGAGACUAUCUGGCCAGAUUUAAGAGCGACCGACCAAAGGCUCAGAAAGCCAUGGAAGGAACCUGGAGCAUCAUGGAGAAAAAAGAGAAGAUUAUGUGGAUCAAAAAGGCAGCAGAGGAUCAGAAAAGAUAUGAGAGAGACCUGUGUGAGAUGCGCUCACCUGCUACUGCCGCCAUUGCCUCAGGGAAGAAAAUGAAGUUUGAGGGUGAACCCAAGAAACCACCAUCGAACGGAUAUCAGAAGUUCUCUCAGGAGAUGUUGUCCAACGGAGAACUGAAUCACCUCCCGAUGAAAGAGCGGAUGACUGAGAUCGGUAGCCGCUGGCAGAGGUUAUCUCUGAAGGACAAGGACCGUUACAAGAAGAUUGCUGAGGAAAAGCAGAGGCAGUAUAAAGUCAUCCUGGAACAGUGGCUUGCGAGCUUGUCCUCACAAGAGAGAAACACCUACAAAGAAUAUACUUCACAAAAAAGGAGAACGACGGCAAAAGCAGGAGGCCCCAAAGCGAAGUUCAAGAAAUCUGACACUGAGGAGGAGGAUGAAGAAGAUGAGGAUGAGCCGGAGAAGGCUUCUUCUUCCGCAGACUCCUCCAGCGAGGAUGACGAAGAUGAGGAUGAUGAUGACGAAGAGGACAAGGACGAUGAGGACGACGAUGAGGCGGAGGACAAAGAGAACAAGUCAGAUGACAGCAGCAGCGAUUCAAAUUCACAGGCGUCGUCAGACUCUGAUUCGGACUGAACUGGGCCGUCGUCACCGAGACGAACUGAGCAGCGCUGAGCUGAGCCAAGAGUCCGGGGAGCUCUGCCAUUGUGCCAACCCUGCUCUCCUCCCACCACCAGAGGGAGCCCCUGCAUUGCCUCAUCCAUUUCACAUUCGCCCACUUUUUGUUGCAGCGUCACUGAUCUGUACUCACGGAGGGACCCUGCCCUUAUGUCCAAUAUCAGUUUCGUUCCCUCCCCGCUGUGAUGGUCAACUCACAGAACGGGCUGCUGACAUUAUGCCAAAAACAGCAUCCCACUGGUUUGAGGAUGUCGUGAAUAGUUUUGCGCUGGUUUCAAUCUUGAUUCACAGGUUCAGUGGUUUAAAGUUUGAGUUUUAACGUCCCUCCAGUGUUUCUUCUCUUAUUCUGGUGAUUAGUUAACGACAGAUGGCAUUAGUUGUCAACUGGCUUCAUGGAGCCAAAUAAUCUAGUAAGGGGGGGGUCACUUUAGGGAGGGGUGUGUGCAGGGCACUGAAAAAUUGCACUCUUCAGAAUGUUUCCUUUUUAACGUUUAUUUUCCUCCAGAAUAUUGUUGCUUUGUUCUCUAUUCUCAAUUUGUGAUGUCGAUUUUAUCAUUUGGUUCUUAAAGAGUUGGUAUUUGUUCAGGAAAAAACCAAGCCAUUAUGAAUGUCUUUUUUUUUUUUUGUUGCUGGAAAGUUUCAGAACAUGUUAUUUACCCAACUGUUUUCAUUUGAAAUAAGCAGUGCCUAUAAAAUGUUCACUCCCCUUGAGUUUUUCAUGUUUUAUUGUUGCUAAAAUUGGGUGUAAUGAGGCUUUUUGACUAAACCAAAACUCCUUUUUUAAUAGUACAUUCAUAGGAAAUUGACUUAUUUGCUGCAGUUGUGGCUCCGCCCAACUGUGAUGUCAGGUUUAGUGUGAAGUGCAGCAAACAUUUGAACACAAAGCUGAAACUGACAUUGACUCACUUUGUGAAAGCAACAAGCUAAAAGGAGAUUUGCUUGUGAUGCCACAAGGAGAUGAUCUGAGUCACAAAACAAUAUUACAUCUGUAAUAAUUUUCUUCGAUAUUUACAAUGAACAUUUAUAGCAGGUUAAGAUUUGACACGUAUGCCAUUACACCCUACUGAGCACAUUUACAGCAGUGUCUUAUCCUUAAAAUUUUUAUUUAGCCUCACAGGUUGACAUUACUGUGGCCUCCGUCCCUUGAAAUUCUACUUGCAUCCAUCCCCUGAGUUAUUCUUUCAAUUAAACUUGUUGCAAGUGAUCUUUAAUGUUUUUAUUAGUAUUACUAAAAAGCUAGAUACAGAUGUUUAUACUGACAGCUUACACCUUGAUUACACAUUAAAGUGAUCUCCAUUCAACUUUUGUGUCUUAAAACAAUUGGAUUUGUACUUACUAGAUUGGUUCAUUUGAUUUUAUAUUGCCCCUUAAUCAGCAUUAAUGUAAUUUGUCAAAAGGCCUUUUCGCAUUCGCUGCACUUCUGUGUUUAGAAAACAAAAAGUCUCAAUGGUAGUUGAAAUGUUUAUAGGCACUACAGGAGCCGUUGUCAUGUGUCCAUCAAUGAAAGUGUUACUUGUCAUCGCGCACACAUUCUCGAGUCCGAAACAAUCUCUGUUGAUUCAGUUUGUUCCGUUCAGUUAGUGACAAUGUUUACAAUUUGUCACUAAUGCUAAUUUUCCAUAUUUUAAACUCAAUCUGACCUUUUUAAAGACUGUCAUACAGUUGGUGUGUGUUUCUUCUCUAUCAUCUUUUUACUGUUCUUUUACAGUUUGUAUGAACGGUCAAUAAGAUUGUUUUAAUUGUAAGCAGUUGUGUUCUGAUUCAUCUGGAUUUUAUUGUGGAUGUUCAGUUGUGUGGUUCCAUCUCUUAUUCUUUUAUUGGAAAUUGUAAUGGUAUUGACUUUAAUCCAAUCUGGAUUAAAGUCUUAUGCUUUUCCCAAAAAAAUGUGUGCACUUAAUGUAAAUCUGUCCCUCUGUGUGAGUUUGUGUGCAUAUGCACAUAGCUAUAUAUGAGGGUGUAUUUGUGUUUUUUUUUUUUUUUUAAUGUUAGCUUCAUUUUUUGCUGUCAUGUUGCAUCCCACUGAUGUGAUGGCAGCAUGCAUGUAUGUGCCUGUGUGGGGAUGUCAUACCAACACCAUGAAUGUAGAUAUUGUUAAAUCUUUUUCAUUUUUUCUCUCCAAAGUUCUUUGGUAAUUCUUUGUCUCGGCACCGUCGUGUCAUUUGUUUUCUGAAAACGGACAAAUACUGUCAUUUAAGCUUUGCAAACAGAUGAGUACAUGGCAAUUAUUGAUAAUCUGUUAGUAAUAGACUGAUUUCGACCAUUAUGAGUCUCAUCAAAAACUGAAAUAAAACCAGCUUGGGCUAUUCAAAACAACUUGGGGGAGGUAAAAGGAAAGCGAUUGCUGAUAUCGAUUGAUGGGAGUUUGUUAAAGGGAUUCGGGGGGAAAAGGAGUUGCCAGUGGAAUUUGGGUAAAUGACAACAAAAUAAGAAAAAAAAACUUGUAAUUUUUUGUAAAUACUGUUUUUGUAUUGAGUGCUUAUUGUUUUGUUAGGUCUUUGAUUUGGCAAACCCUCAUCUGUGACUUCUGGGGCCAGUGGGCCUUUCACACACAGGGGAGAACUUUUGGUUGAAUUCACCAGUUUUUGUUGUUUCUUCUCUCCCUUCUGUUGGUUUAUAGAAAUAUCUAAGACUGCAAAGCUUUACAAGUUUGUACUGCUGACCAUUUGACAAAAUUUGAUGUUUUCUAUAGCUGAGGGUGCUCUCAUGUCCUUGUAGUUCAAGUAUUUGGGCAAAUAAAAAAAAUACCUUUAA